AAAUUUCUUUAGUCACUAAGUUAAAGAAUAAUUUAGUUUAAAAGUUAAUUGGUAUUGUUGAUAUCAGUAGUAAAUUUUCUGCGAAUUGAAGAAAGAAAAAAACAAACAAAAAAUAAUAAUAAUGUUAAUCAAAUUUAUUUUUCCAUCAUUAAGAUCAAAUACUAAUCAAGAAGUUUGUCGUAUUCAUUAUAAUCGAUCUUUGAAAUCAUUAAAUAUGGAUUGGAUUGCUAAAGCUAUAUUUCAGAUUACUAAUUUAAAACGAGAUACAUUAUUUAGUCUUUAUUAUUAUGGUGAUAACGAAUUUGUGCAAAUCACAACAAAAUCAUGUUUGAAAAAAAUGGCUAAAUAUUUUAGUGAUAAUGGUCAAAUCUGUCGAAUUUAUACUAUUCCUCAUUUGUACUCUGAUGCAAAACCUCUGAAUUCAUUUUUCAAUUUUUGUAGAGCUGAUGAAUUACCAAAUAUUUUAAUACAACCACUUACUAUUGAACAUGAAAGAUUGAAUGAAACAUGGUUACAAACUCCAUGUAAAUUAUGUGAAAAAUUCAAAUGGUCAGGUGAACGAUAUACUUGUUUAUUUUGUCCAAAUAUAGUCUUAUGCAGAGAAUGCUUUUAUACAGGUUAUCAUAAAGAACAUCCUCUUUUAUGUACUCGUAAUAAUAAAUUAUUUUCACAGAAAUUAUUACAAUGUUCACGUUUAGCUGUAGCAUCAGUACCAUGGAGGAAUACAUUGCCAAAAGUUAACAGAGAUCCGAAAACUGAUGAUAGAAUAAGACAAUCAAUUAGUAUGAUACAAAAUAAAGAGAAUAAUUAUUUCAAUCAAAAAGAUGAAGUUUCAAAGAGUGAAAAACAAAACAAACGAAUAACAUUGUUUAAGAAAUCAGCUUAAAUGGAUUGUUAUUGAAAUAAAUUUUCUUUAUUCUGUUCACAAUAAUCAUAGUUUGGUUGAGUCAAGAAUUGUAACAUAUUGUUCAACUAAAAUAAAACAUGCUAUUAAAUAAGAUAUUUCUCUAUUUA